UAAUCCAUGACAGUAACGUAAUAAUAAAGUAAUUUGUUUAGUGGCGAUUUCAUUCGGUUUUAAAAUUUACUCCCCCCCCCCCAAAAAAAUGUCGUGGUUUCUUGUGUUUUUCUGGUCUAUGUUCGUGGUUUGCAAGGCUCAAGUUUGUCCGUGUGAGAGGCCGGAGCUCUGUCGACAGAUCCGUGAGGAGAGAGACUUUGAGGUGUUUGUGUUUGAUGUGGGUGGAAAGACAUGGAAGUCCUACAACUGGAGCAUGGUGACGACAGUAGCGACAUUUGGGAAAUAUGAUGCUGAACUCAUGUGUUAUGCUCACUCCAAAGGAGCACGAGUUGUCCUCAAAGGUGAUGUUCCCCUCUCCUACAUUGUGGACCAAGAUAACAGGACAGCGUGGAUAACGGAGAAAGUCAACUUGGCCAAAAGUCAGUUUAUGGAUGGAAUCAACAUCGACAUUGAACAGGCGGUGGAAGAGGGCUCGCCCCAGUACCAAGCUUUGACAGACCUGGUCAAAGAGACCACUGAGGCCUUCCACAGAGAGCUCCCAGGAUCUCAGGUCUCGUUCGAUGUUGCCUGGUCACCAAAAUGUAUCGACAAGCGCUGUUAUGAUUACGUCACCAUUGCUGAAUCCUGCGACCUGCUGUUUGUUAUGUCCUACGAUGAGCAGAGUCAGAUCCUGGGGGAUUGUAUCGCAAUGGCAAACGCCCCGCUCUCUCAAACACUAAAUGCCUAUGACCAGUAUUUGAAUCUGAAUAUUGAUCCAAAGAAGCUGGUGAUGGGAGUGCCAUGGUAUGGCUAUGACUACCCAUGCCUCAACCUUUCCCAGGAGGGAAUAUGCUCAAUAGCCAAAGUUCCUUUCCGUGGAGCUCCCUGCAGUGAUGCAGCUGGAAAACAGAAACCAUACAAGUGGAUCAUGAAGCAGGUCAACAGCUCAUUGUCCGGCAGGAUGUGGGACAGCAAGCAGCAGGCUCCCUACUUCAAUUACAAGGACCAGCGAGGACAGGUUCAUCAGGUUUGGUACGAUGACCCGCAGAGUAUUUGUCCCAAGGCAGACGCUGUGAAAUCUAAAGGUUUGAGGGGCAUUGGCAUGUGGAAUGGCAACAUCUUGGACUACAGCGGUGAAACGGUUGCUAGGCAGCAGACCGAAAUGAUGUGGAAUGCCCUGUUAGGAUGCUAGCUGGGACACACUUAACACUGCUGCAGAAAUUUACACCACUGCUACGCCCAGUCCUGUUUGUUGCUAAGUCAAUAUAUCCUUUUGUAGCAGUAACGGGGUGUGACUUCCCUCUGAGUUCAGGGAUGCAUACUUGCACUUCAGAGUUUAUUGUGGCUUUUUAUUGCUGUUGUCUUUGAAUGUAUGCGUCUCAGACAUUCCUCUCCACUAACCGAAAUAACUGUGAUUCUUUGCAGAAGACAAAGAACAAUCUUUCUGACGCGAUGCACGUACACACACAGUAUUUUUUUAAUUGACCAAUGUUGAGCUUUUUGAGAUCUGUGCACUUUUAUCUUUUUCAUAAAAUAAAACAUUUUUCUGAUCUGUAAA